UGUCUCUGGAUCCGUCUCGAUCUCUGCCCGGCGAGGGCGCGCCCCGGCUGGGCGUGGACACUGUUCUCCGGCCGCGUCCUGCCGGGCGGGUGGGGCGUUCCUGCGGGUUGGGCGGCUGGGCCCUCCGGGGUGUGGCCACCCCGCGCUCCGCCCUGCGCCCCUCCUCCGCCGCCGGCUCCCGGGUGUGGUGGUCGCUCCAGCUCUCUGCUCUCCCAGCGCAGCGCCGCCGCCCGGCCCCUCCAGCUUCCCGGACCAUGGCCAACCUGGAGCGCACCUUCAUCGCCAUCAAGCCGGACGGCGUGCAGCGCGGCCUGGUGGGCGAGAUCAUCAAGCGCUUCGAGCAGAAGGGGUUCCGCCUCGUGGCCAUGAAGUUCCUCCGGGCCUCUGAAGAACACCUGAAGCAGCACUACAUUGACCUGAAAGACCGACCAUUCUUCCCUGGGCUGGUGAAGUACAUGAACUCAGGGCCGGUCGUGGCCAUGGUCUGGGAGGGGCUGAACGUGGUGAAGACAGGCCGAGUGAUGCUUGGGGAGACCAAUCCAGCAGAUUCAAAGCCAGGCACCAUUCGUGGGGACUUCUGCAUUCAGGUUGGCAGGAACGUCAUUCAUGGCAGUGAUUCAGUAAAAAGUGCUGAAAAAGAAAUCAGCCUAUGGUUUAAGCCUGAAGAACUGGUUGACUACAAGUCUUGUGCUCAUGACUGGGUCUAUGAAUAAGAGGUGGACACAACAGCAGUCUCCUUCAGCAUGGCGUGGUGUGUCCCUGGACACAGCUCUUCAUUCCAUUGACUUAGAGGCAACAGGAUUGAUCAUUCUUUUAUAGAGCAUAUUUGCCAAUAAAGCUUUUGGAAGCUGGA